CCACACAAAUUUCCCCGCAUCGCAACUUCGCGCUCGUAAUUUCUUCUCGAGGCAUGGCCCCGUCAUCCCACGAAUAAUGUCCGAUCCGAGUGUCAGCGAGCGAAGAAUACGGCCGAUCCAAGAUGCCAUUGCGAGUGCCAACUGGAAGCAGGCCCUGCAACUUUGCGACAAAUGGUUCAAGAAAGGCGAACGCUCUGACAGGUUUCUGGUGAGGGUUCUCCCGUCUCACUCACUUCGUGAGCACUCUCUCUAACCUCGCGGCAAAAGGCCUUGAAAGCCUUCGUCCUGGUAAACCAGCCGGACAAGACUCAACAUGACCGAGGUCGAGAGGAGGUCUUGGACCUCUGCAAGCGCACGCCCGCCAUUACAGAGCCAGAAGCCAUCUACCAACUCCAACAUGCGCUCAAGACCCUGUCACUCCACGACGAAGAGAGCCCCAAACUCUGGGAGCGAGCCCUCGGCGCCAGAAAGGAUGAUAAGGACUUGUACAUGAGAUGGCUCAACCAAGCAGUUGCAGACAACAACUGGAAGAGUGCUCAAAAGGUGUGAAGACCAGAAAAAGAAAUAACCAAGAACACAAAAACCAUUCCACCGCACAACACAAGCAAGAAAGGGGAACUGGCUGACAUGGGGGGCCCCAAUAUCCGACAGGCCACCAUGGGUUUGCGAAAUUCCUUCUCCAAGGAACGAGACUACGAGUUCUGGAAUAUCCUCAUGUGCUAUCUGAUACAUAUGCAACCAGACCUCCCGGACAAGGACCGCACCUUGUUCGGGACGCUUGCGUAUCGCAUGAUCUCGAAAGCCGCUGAGGCCAUACCUAUGAAUGAUGUGAGCCUGAGACCGGUCUUGGUAGAAGGCGUUGGAAAGAUCUGACGUGCCAGCAGGCGCAAGCAUCAUCCCCAGGAAAGGCGAUCUCGGAACCGGAGGAGAUUGCGUUACUGGCACAGGUCUUCAACUCCACGGGCCAUGUGGGAGAGACGGUCAAGCUCUUGCAGGGACAGUCGCUGAACAUGGCGUCCCGAGUCGGCAAACGCGACCCGCAAUUGGUGCUGUCUCUGCUGCUCGAGUCUUUGGAAGCCUCGGAGCAAUGGGACGAGGCAUUCAAGGUGUGCCAGGAUCUGCUGUCCGAGUCUGAAUACCAGUCAGAUGAUCGGAUAUGGAACCUCUGGCUCAAAUCACGAUCGAAAUCGUCGGGAGCCGAUGGGCUGGAAGCGAAAUCCAAAGAGCUCCUCGAAUCUGUUUGCAGCACCCGGCCAAUUGUCCGCGCGGCUUACCUCGCAAAGCUGAAUCUUCAGCAAAGCCAGAACGAUGGGGCUGAGCAGGAUGACCUGCUGGAAACUUGCAAGGAGUAUUUUGAAGCGUUUUCAUCCAAAGGGUUUUGUUUCGAUGAUUUAAAGGAGCCUCUUCGGCAGCUUGACACCCCUCACUUCGACCGAUUCAAGCAAAUAGUCUCUGGCCACGAAGGGAAUCUAGCAAAGCUGUUCGACCUCAAGCUCGCGUACAGCACACUCCCACCCGACGCCUCCAGAUCGGAUCUUCUAGAUUUCGCGCACAGAGCACUGCAGAUAUACCAGACAUCACUGUCCGAGAGCCCUUCAUGCCCGGAGGCUGCCCUUCUCGCGGUGCUGGCAAUCCUCCGACUUGCCAACGGCAAAAGCUCUCCUUCCAUCGUUCUGUUUGCCCUCAUACUUCUUCAAGUCGCCCGCUCAAAAUUCGAAGACUACUACAUUCUGACGAUCCUGCUUGUUCAGCUCCAGUCCCAUCUCGGACUGCUGUCUUUAGGGAUGGAGAACUUUGUGAAACUCAGCGUCAAAAAUCUCCAGUGGGAAACAGUGGGACAUUUGAUCCUCACGAGGAUAUCGUCGUUACACCCCGCCUCGGGUACGGAACUGCAGCAAGAUUUCGAACCACUUUUGGCCCUCGAAACAGGACUCACGGUUCUUGAGAACGCGGAUGGCGCCUUGGUGCGUGGAAUCCGCGAGGGGUUGAGGUUCAACAGCUACUCCAACAUCUACAACAGCGUCAAGAUGCGGUCGGAGAUUGAGAGGAGCAUGAACAAGCAGAUCUAUGCCAUCGAGGAACGGAAGGUCCGACGAUGGCGAGGAGAGCCUGAUGACCACACGGUCUUACCAUUGACAGAUUCCUCAAAGCCGCUUGUCGACAAGCGGGAUUUCGGGUAUAUGCCCAGCUAUCGCAAAGAUGAUGGGCAGCUGCUGGCGGGCUUUCGAUGCGGACCUCUCCCAAAAGAGAGAUGGAUUCACGCCAUGGCGCUUUUCGACAACAUAGCCACCUAUCUGAAAGCAGAGACGGCGUCGCAGACUUCCCUGGCCGCUACGACGUACGAGAAUCUGAAACAGGCGCAGCAACAUGUAUCCUGGCCCGCUACAGAUGAUCUAUCGACGGAAAUGACACAAUUUGAACUGGCCAAUCUAGAAUGCCACAAGAUUCUCGCCCAGGUGAUAACUCUGUUCAAAGAAGGGAGCGCCAACAUGGCUGCUGCAUCUCAACAGAACAAUACCAAAACCCUUCCAGAUCUCUUCUCGGACCUCAAAACCUGGCUCUCCUCCGCCCUUACAAGCCGCAAGGACGGUCCUGCUGGAUCGGACGUCGCAGGAAUCCGGGUGCCAACCUGGGAAGACCUGCACGGAAGCGUCACGCAACUCGAGACGUUGCAGGUCAUUGCCAACCUCACCUCCCUCGUGUCCAAGAAAGCGCAAAAGCCCGCAAAAUCCUCCAAGGCGACUUCUCCCGGAUCGGUCUCCAAGGAGGCGGUCUCCGAGAUCCAGUCGCUCGUCACCGAGCUCGAGGCCCAGAUCCUCGCAGACGCCAGGGCGUUGAAGUCCGCCAUCAACGAGCCAGGCGUGCUAGGCAGGCUCGUGGACCUGGGCAUGGCGCGACGCGGCAGCGAUGGUGACGGUGUCGGGAACGCUCAAGGAGACGACGCCCUCCCCCCUGGCGAUGAGAAAUGGGAGGGUCUGGUCGAAAGUAUCUGCGACGAAGUCACCAUGGAGACUAUCUGUGGGGCGAUCAAAGGUAGCUGGGACGAUGCGCUCGAUGGGGUGGUGGGUGGGAAGGGCAAGAUUCGGGUCGGGAAGUAAAGUUGGGAGGGUGGCAAGGACGACAAUCAGAGAAGACAGACAACGAGGGGGGAGAGGCGCAGCCAGGUAUGGAUGGAUAGAGAGAUGGGUCAAGAGAAGCCAUGAAUGACGGACAACAAUGGUAGAAAAAGCAAAACUUGUCCUCUCUGUCGCAGUACUGUCUUCUGGUUCUCCCGCUUCUCUCUUGCCUGACCCUCUCCUUUGGAAGGUGUUGUUUAGUAGGUACCCAGUACGUACUCUAGUCCUUUCAACGGGAGGUCCGUCUUUCAGACAUCCCCGGCCCCCUAGGUACGAGGUACUUACGGCACACAUAGCCAUGUAUGCCCUUUCCCUCCUCACCCGUGUGUUUCGGUUCCUUGUCUCUCAAGACGGAUGGACGG